AAGUUACGUAAUUAUGCUCUAACAACGAUCUUAUUGGGCAGGAGCCAAGUGCUCGUCCAAUAUUCCACUCCGUAAUUCGGUGGCGAAUCACUUCUUCUCAACUCUGCAAUUUUUUUUAAUUUUAUUUUUUAAAUUUUUUUUGGUUUCGUUUAUCGGUUUGCAGUGGGAGCAUAGAGUUAGUUUCGGCUUUCACGCUGGCGAUCCAUUUGAUUCAUUUUAGGGUUUUUGGAAUUGGGCGCAAGAAGAUGAAUGCCAGCUUUGGCGUCGAAGCUUAGUCGGUAGGGCAAGGAGUUGCAGAAGACAUAAUAUAUACAAAUACAUAUAUACAUAUAUAUAUAUAUAUAUAUAGAAAUGAAGGCGGGAAGCGCCGCGAAGCUGAUCGUGGACGCCCUGCUCCAGCGUUUCCUUCCACUAGCACGGCGUCGUAUUGAAACGGCUCAAGCCCAGGAUGGACAGUACCUUCGACCAUCAGAUCCUGCGUAUGAGCAAGUACUGGAUUCCUUGGCUAUGAUUGCUCGACAUACGCCGGUGCCUCUUUUAGAAGCUCUUUUAAGAUGGAGAGAGAGCGAAUCCCCAAAAGGUGCUAAUGAUGCAUCCACAUUCCAAAGGAAGCUUGCAGUGGAGUGCAUUUUUUGCUCAGCAUGUAUUCGCUUUGUAGAGUGCUGUCCACAGGAGGGACUUACUGAGAAGCUCUGGUCUGGGCUUGAAAAUUUUGUUUUUGACUGGCUAAUCAAUGCCGACAGGGUUGUUAGCCAGGUGGAAUAUCCGUCAUUGGUUGAUUUGAGAGGGCUUCUUUUGGAUUUAGUUGCUCAACUCUUAGGUGCCUUAUCUCGUAUCAGGUUUAGUUCUGUGACAGAACGUUUUUUCAUGGAACUCAACACUCGUCGGAUUGACACUAGUGUUGCCCGAAGUGAAACACUUAGCAUCAUUCAUGGAAUGCGCUACUUGAAAUUAGGGGUGAAAACUGAAGGUGGACUAAAUGCAUCUGCCUCUUUUGUGGCAAAAGCAAACCCUCUUAACCGCGCUCCUCAUAAACGUAAAAGUGAGCUUUAUCAUGCAUUAUGCAAUAUGCUCUCAAAUAUCUUAGCACCAUUAGCAGAUGGUGGAAAAAACCUGUGGCCACCUUCAGGUGUAGAGCCUGCACUUACCCUCUGGUAUGAAGCUGUCGGAAGGAUAAGAGGACAGCUGAUACAUUGGAUGGAUAAACAGAGCAAGCAUAUUGCUGUUGGUUAUCCUUUGGUGACACUUCUUCUCUGUCUUGGUGAUCCUCAAAUAUUCCACAACCACUUGAGCCCUCACAUGGAUCAACUCUACAAGUUUCUUAGAGACAAGACCCAUCGUUUUAUGGCCUUGGACUGUCUUCAUCGUGUUCUGAGGUUUUACUUGAGUGUCCAUGCGGCAAACCAGGCUCCAAAUCGUAUUUGGGACUACUUAGACAGUGUAACCUCACAACUCUUAACAGUUCUGAAGAAAGGGUUGCUUACACAAGAUGUCCAACAUGAUAAACUUGUUGAGUUCUGUGUGACCAUAGCUGAACAUAACCUUGAUUUUGCGAUGAACCAUAUGAUAUUAGAACUACUGAAGCAAGAUAGUACUAGUGAAGCAAAGGUGAUUGGUCUCCGUGCUUUGCUUGCAAUUGUCAUGUCACCCACAAGCCAGCACAUUGGCUUGGAAAUAUUCAAAGGUCAUGACAUUGGCCAUUACAUUCCAAAAGUGAAGGCUGCAAUAGAGUCAAUUUUGAGGACAUGUCAUAGGACCUAUAGUCCGGCUCUGCUAACUUCUUCAAAGUCCACUAUAGAUGCUGUAACCAAGGAGAAGUCUCAAGUUUAUCUAUUUCGGUCUGUGCUAAAAUGUAUUCCAUAUCUGAUUGAAGAGGUUGGCCGAAAUGAUAAAAUCACUGAGAUAAUACCUCAACAUGGCAUAAGUAUUGAUCCUGGUGUUCGUGAAGAAGCAGUGCAGGUACUUAACCGUAUUGUAAGAUAUCUUCCCCACCGCCGGUUUGCAGUUAUGAGAGGGAUGGCCAACUUCAUUUUGCGACUUCCUGAUGAAUUCCCUCUUCUUAUUCAAACAUCAUUGGGACGCCUAUUGGAACUCAUGCGUUUUUGGAGAGCUUGUCUAAUUGAUGAUAGGCUGGAAAACAACGCUCAAGAUUCAAAGCGUGUGGGAUCUGGGAAUGAGGGAUUGAAGAAACCUUCUUUCCGUCAGUCAGGAGAAGUUAUUGAGUUUCGGGCAUCAGAGAUAGAUGCUGUGGGUCUUAUUUUCCUGAGUUCUGUGGAUAGCCAAAUUAGACACACUGCACUGGAAUUACUCCGUUGUGUCCGUGCCCUGAGGAAUGAUAUACGAGAACUUACAAUACAUGACCAAUCAGAUAAUAACUUGAAAUAUGAAGCUGAACCAAUAUUUAUAAUCGAUGUCCUGGAAGAGCAUGGGGAUGAUAUUGUUCAGAGCUGCUACUGGGAUUCUGGGCGUCCAUUUGAUAUGAGAAGGGAAUCUGAUGCUAUUCCUCCUGAUGUAACACUUCAUUCUAUAAUAUUUGAGAGCCCUGAUAAAAACAGAUGGGCUCGGUGUCUUAGUGAGCUUGUUAAAUAUGCAGCUGAACUUUGCCCUAGCUCUGUUCAGGAAGCAAAGAUAGAGGUUAUGCAACGUCUAGCUCAUAUUACUCCUGUUGAGUUGGGUGGGAAAGCUCAUCAAUCACAAGAUACAGACAACAAACUCGACCAGUGGCUUAUGUAUGCUAUGUUCAUAUGUUCAUGUCCACCUCUUAGUCGAGAAGCUGGUGGUGUAACGGCAACCAAAGAUCUUUACCACCUUAUUUUCCCCUCGCUAAAAUCUGGAACAGAGGCACAUAUACAUGCAGCAACGAUGGCACUUGGCCACUCACAUCUAGAAGCAUGUGAAAUCAUGUUUCGUGAGCUUACAUCUUUUAUUGAUGAGGUUUCUUUGGAGACGGAGGGAAAGCCAAAGUGGAAGAGUCAAAAAGCACGGCGUGAGGAGGAGCUACGGAUUCACAUUGCAAAUAUAUAUCGUACUGUCGCUGAAAAUAUCUGGCCUGGCAUGCUGGCUCGUAAAUCUGGUUUCCGCCUUAAUUAUUUAAAGUUCAUUGACGACACAACUAGGCAGAUCCUACAAUCACCUCCUGAGAGCUUCCAAGAUACACAGCCUCUCCGUUAUGCACUUUCGUCUGUGCUGAGGUCACUAGCCCCUGAAUUCGUUGAGUCAAAAUCAGAGAAAUUUGAUGUUAGAUUUAGAAAGCGACUAUUCGAUCUUCUUCUCUCCUGGUGUGAUGAGACAGGCAGUACAUGGGGUCAGGAUGGUGUUAGCGAUUAUAGACGCGAAGUGGAUCGUUACAAAUCUUCUCAACAUGCCCGCUCAAAAGAUUCUGUCGACAAAUUGUCAUUCGAUAAAGAACUGAGUGAACAAGUUGAGGCAAUCCAGUGGUCCUCCAUGAAUGCCAUGGCUUCACUCUUAUAUGGGCCUUGCUUUGAUGACAAUGCAAGGAAAAUGAGCGGUCGUGUAAUAUCAUGGAUCAAUAGUUUGUUCACUGAGCCAGCACCUAGGGCUCCAUAUGGUUAUUCACCUGAUCCAAGAACUCCAUCUUAUUCCAAGUACACAGGAGAAGGUGGUCGUGGAACUGCAGGUCGUGAUAGGCAUAGGGGUAGCCAUCACCGUGUUUCUUUAGCAAAAAUGGCUCUAAAGAAUCUUCUACUUACAAAUUUGGACCUGUUUCCUGCGUGUAUUGAUCAGUGCUACUACUCUGAUGCUGCUAUAGCUGAUGGUUAUUUUAGUGUGCUGGCUGAGGUCUACAUGCGCCAAGAGAUCCCAAAAUGUGAAAUCCAGAGACUCUUGAGCCUAAUCCUCUAUAAGGUGGUAGAUCCAACUAGACAGAUUCGUGAUGAUGCCCUUCAGAUGCUGGAGACACUUUCUGUUCGUGAAUGGGCUGAAGAUGGCAUUGAGGGAACAGGAAGCUAUCGGGCAGCUGUUGUUGGUAACCUGCCUGAUUCCUAUCAACAAUUCCAGUACAAACUCUCAUGCAAACUUGCCAAAGAUCAUCCUGAGCUGAGCCAGCUACUCUGUGAAGAGAUUAUGCAGAGGCAACUUGAUGCUGUUGAUAUAAUUGCCCAACAUCAGGUCUUAACAUGCAUGGCUCCAUGGAUUGAGAACCUUAAUUUCUGGAAACUGAAGGACUCUGGUUGGAGUGAAAGAUUAUUAAAAAGCCUUUACUAUGUAACAUGGAGGCAUGGAGAUCAGUUCCCUGAUGAAAUUGAGAAACUCUGGAGCACAAUUGCUAGCAAACCCAGGAACAUUAGUCCUGUUUUAGAUUUCUUGAUCACAAAAGGCAUUGAAGAUUGUGAUUCAAAUGCAUCUGCUGAAAUUAGUGGUGCAUUUGCUACAUAUUUCUCUGUUGCAAAGCGGGUAAGUUUAUAUUUAGCACGGAUAUGUCCUCAGUGCACUAUUGAUCACCUGGUUUAUCAGUUGGCUCAACGGAUGCUGGAGGAUAGCAUAGAGCCAGUUGUACCAACUGCAAAUAAGGGUGAUGCAAGUGGAAACUAUGUCUUGGAAUUCUCUCAGGGGCCUGCAGUGCCCCAAAUUGCUUCUGCCGUGGACAGCCAGCCACACAUGUCACCGUUACUUGUUCGGGGCUCCCUUGAUGGUCCACUGAGGAAUGCCAGUGGGAGCCUCAGUUGGAGAACAGCAGGUGUGACAGGCCGAAGUGUAUCAGGCCCAUUAAGCCCAAUGCCUCCUGAGUUGAGCAUUGUUCCUGUAAAUCCAGGGAGAUCAGGUCAGCUGCUUCCGUCAUUGGUAAACAUGUCAGGGCCACUGAUGGGUGUUAGAAGUUCAACAGGAAGUUUGCGGAGCCGCCAUGUUUCCAGGGAUAGUGGAGACUAUCUUAUUGACACUCCAAACUCUGGUGAAGACGGCUUGCAUUCUGGGGUUGCUAUGCAUGGUGUUAGUGCUAAAGAACUACAGUCAGCGUUGCAGGGUCAUCAACAGCACUCAUUAACUCAUGCAGAUAUAGCAUUGAUUCUGCUUGCAGAAAUUGCAUAUGAGAAUGAUGAAGAUUUUCGAGAACACUUGCCUCUUCUCUUUCAUGUUACAUUUGUCUCAAUGGAUAGUUCUGAAGACAUUGUGCUGGAACACUGCCAGCAUUUGCUUGUCAAUCUACUAUACUCACUUGCAGGCCGACAUUUGGAGCUUUAUGAGGUGGAAACCAAUGAUGGAGAGAACAAGCAGCAGGUUGUUAGUCUGAUAAAGUAUGUCCAGUCAAAGAGAGGAAGCAUGAUGUGGGAGAAUGAGGACCCCACAGUUGUAAGAACAGAGCUUCCUAGUGCAGCGCUUUUGUCUGCUCUGGUUCAAAGCAUGGUAGAUGCUAUCUUCUUCCAAGGAGAUCUCCGUGAGACAUGGGGAGCUGAGGCGCUGAAGUGGGCUAUGGAGUGCACAUCAAGACACCUUGCUUGUCGCUCACAUCAGAUUUACCGUGCAUUGAGGCCUAGUGUCACAAGUGACACAUGUGUCUCAUUGCUUCGAUGCCUCCAUAGAUGCCUAGGAAACCCAGUACCACCUGUUUUAGGAUUUGUUAUGGAAAUCUUGAUGACAUUGCAAGUGAUGGUGGAAAAUAUGGAACCAGAAAAGGUGAUACUCUACCCCCAGCUCUUUUGGGGUUGUGUGGCAAUGAUGCACACAGAUUUUGUUCAUGUCUACUGCCAGGUGCUUGAGCUCUUCUCCCGUGUGAUUGACCGCUUGUCAUUUCGAGACAGAACAACAGAAAAUGUGCUUCUUUCUAGCAUGCCCCGAGAUGAGCUUGAUACUAAUGGUGACCUCGGGGACUUCCAGCGGUUGGAGUCUAGGUUAGAUUCCAGGAAUAACUAUGAUAUGCCACCAUCUGGGGGCCGUCUGCCAACAUUUGAAGGAGUGCAGCCUCUUGUACUUAAGGGACUUAUGUCAACUGUUAGUCAUGGUGUUUCUAUUGAGGUCCUCUCACGGAUCACAGUGCAUUCAUGUGACUCUAUAUUUGGAGACUCAGAGACAAGACUCUUGAUGCACAUCACAGGCUUGCUUCCCUGGUUGUGCUUGCAGCUUAGCAAGGAUCCAGUGAUGGGGCCUGCUUCACCACUCCAACAUCAGUACCAAAAAGCUUGCUCUGUUGCAGCUAACAUCUCUGUUUGGUGCCGAGCUAAAUCGCUGGAUGAAUUAGCUACUGUUUUUAUGGUUUACUCUCGACGUGAGAUCAAAAGCAUCGAAAACCUGCUUGCUUGUGUUUCACCUCUACUAUGCAAUGAAUGGUUCCCAAAGCACUCAGCACUCGCAUUUGGACACUUGUUACGACUACUAGAGAAAGGGCCAGUUGAGUAUCAGCGUGUGAUACUGCUCAUGCUUAAGGCAUUGCUCCAGCACACUCCCAUGGAUGCUGCUCAAAGUCCUCACAUGUAUGCAAUCGUCUCUCAGUUGGUGGAAAGCACUUUGUGUUGGGAGGCUCUGAGCGUGUUGGAAGCCCUUCUGCAGAGCUGCAGUUCGUUAACCAGUUCUCAUCCUCAUGAGCCUGGAUCUUUUGAGAAUGGGAUUGGUGGGGGUGAGGAGAAGAUACUUGUGCCUCAGACCUCAUUCAAGGCGCGCAGUGGACCCUUACAGUAUGGAAUGGGAUCAGGGUUUGGGACUGGUUCCACAACUGCACCAGUGGGCUCAACUGAAUCCGGAUUGUCACCUCGGGAAGUGGCCCUGCAGAACACACGUCUUAUCCUUGGACGUGUACUUGACAGCUGUGCACUAGGGAAGAGAAGGGAUUAUAGAAGACUCGUGCCGUUUGUGACUUGUAUUGGUAACCCAUGACUUGCAUGUGCCCUAUUUAUGGUAUGCCUUUUGUACUAUAAAACGAAUAGGUGAAAGUUUUGAUGCUGAAUUUGUAUAUAGGUAGUGUUUUGUGUAGCUAAUAGUCUAGUUUCUUGUAUAGUUCCAGCAAUUAGAGGCCCUUAUCAUGGCUUUCAUGUCAUGUAUCAAUUAUUUUGUCUAAUUAAAAAAACAGUAAGCCCAUUUUGUUUCA